AUGGCUUCAAUGUUCAGACCACCAGAAUCCAAUAGGAGUCACCAAAAGACUCCAAAAUUAACGCUUCCAGUAAAUUUAGUUCAAAAUGCGAAAUCCACUAAUGAUGGGCAACAUCUCAACCGGUCACCGUACUCGUCAGUGAACGAAAGCCCAUACUCCAACAAUAGCACUUCAGCUACUUCCACUACGUCAUCCAUGGCUUCAAAUUCCACUUUGUUGUACAAUAGAUCAUCUACUACAACUAUUAAAAAUAGACCGGUACCACCUCCAUUACCUCCCCUAGUACUAACGCAAAAAAAAGACGGUAUAGAAUAUAGAGUUGCCGGCGAUAGUCAGCUUUCUGAAAGAUUUUCUAAUUUGCAUGUUGAUAUAACUUACAAGGAACUACUAUCUAGUGCUCCAAUUUCCACUAAGUUAUCCAACAUAGAUACCACUUUUAUCAAGAAAGAUCUCGACACACCAGAAGGCGAGGAUUCAUACCCCUCGACACUUCUUUCUGCGUACGACUUCAGCAGUAGCGGGAGCAACUCCGCCCCUUUAAGUGCAAAUAACAUAAUUUCUUGUUCCAACUUAAUACAAGGAAAAGACGUAGACCAGUUAGAGGAAGAAGCAUGGAGGUUUGGGCAUCUCAAGGAUGAGAUUACUACACUAGGAAUUCUAGGAGAAGGCGCGGGUGGUUCUGUAGCCAAGUGCCGAUUAAAAAAUGGAAAAAAGGUUUUUGCGUUGAAGACAAUCAACACUAUGAAUACUGACCCAGAAUAUCAAAAGCAAAUAUUCAGAGAGCUACAAUUUAAUAAGAGUUUUAAGUCCGAUUAUAUUGUGCAGUACUAUGGUAUGUUUACCGACGAACAGAGUUCUUCAAUAUACAUUGCCAUGGAAUAUAUGGGAGGAAAAUCACUGGAGGCAACGUAUAAAAAUUUGUUGAAACGUGGCGGUAGAAUAAGUGAGAGGGUGAUAGGAAAGAUAGCAGAAUCUGUCUUAAGAGGUUUAUCAUACUUACACGAAAGGAAAGUCAUCCACAGGGACAUUAAACCCCAAAACAUUCUUCUUAAUGAAAAAGGGGAAAUCAAAUUAUGCGAUUUCGGUGUCAGUGGGGAGGCUGUUAACUCUUUAGCGAUGACAUUUACUGGAACGUCAUUUUAUAUGGCCCCAGAACGAAUACAAGGCCAACCAUACAGCGUAACCUGUGAUGUAUGGUCCUUAGGAUUAACUCUUCUGGAGGUUGCUGGAGGGAGAUUUCCAUUUGAAUCUGACAAAAUAACGCAAAACGUGGCUCCUAUAGAAUUAUUGACGAUGAUCCUGACGUUUUCUCCCCAGUUGAAAGAUGAGCCAGAACUAGACAUAUCCUGGAGCAAGACAUUUAGAUCUUUUAUCGACUAUUGUUUAAAAAAAGAUGCCAGAGAGAGGCCUUCUCCCAGGCAAAUGUUAAAGCAUCCCUGGAUUGUAGGGCAAAUGAAAAAAAAAGUCAACAUGGAACGGUUUGUAAAGAAAUGCUGGGAAAAGGAAAAGGAUGGGAUAUAA